AUGUUGUCACUUCCUCCGGAGCAGCUCUCUGCAUCCGGGUCGGCUGUUGCCGCUGUGGCUGAGGGACUGGGCCCGGGUCUCACCGUCGGAAGGGAGCGGGCUCCGCUCGGCGCUACCUUCUGCGACCUGGCCGUCAGCCCUGCGUCGCCGGCCUGGAGGGGCGAAGAAGACGAGGAGGCCAGGGGUUCCUCCGGGGACCUUGGCUCUCUGGGUUAUCAGGAGCUUGUAGUUGACAUUGAGUCCAGGCUGAGGAUGGAAGGUGUUGAACUUAAGGAAGAAUGGCAAGAUGAAGAUUUUCCAAUACCUUUACCGGAAGAUGAUAGUAUUGAAGCAGAUAUAUUAGCUGUAACUGGACCAGAGAGUCAGCCUGAAGUUAAUGGCAAUAAAGUGAGAAAGAAACUAAUGGCUCCUGACAUUAGCCUAACCCUGGAUCCUAGUGAUGGCUCUGUGUGGUCAGAUGAUUUGGAUGAAAGCGGGGAGAUUGACUUAGAUGACUUAGAUACACCAUCAGAGGACAGUAAUGAAUUUGAGUGGGAAGAUGAUCUUCCGAAACCCAAGACUACUGAAGUUAUUAGGAAAGGCUCAAUUACUGAAUAUACAGCAGCAGAGGAAAAAGAAGAUGGACGACGCUGGCGUAUGUUCAGAAUUGGAGAACAGGACCACAGGGUUGAUAUGAAAGCAAUUGAACCCUAUAAAAAAGUUAUUAGCCAUGGAGGAUAUUAUGGGGAUGGAUUAAAUGCUAUUGUUGUGUUUGCUGUCUGUUUUAUGCCUGAAAGUGGUCAACCUAACUAUAGAUACCUGAUGGACAAUCUCUUUAAGUACGUUAUUGGCACUUUGGAGCUGUUAGUAGCAGAAAACUACAUGAUCGUUUAUUUAAAUGGUGCAACAACUCGAAGAAAAAUGCCCAGUCUGGGAUGGCUCAGGAAAUGCUAUCAACAAAUUGAUAGAAGGUUACGGAAAAACCUAAAGUCUCUCAUUAUUGUACAUCCCUCUUGGUUUAUCAGAACACUUCUGGCUGUUACCAGACCAUUUAUUAGCUCAAAAUUCAGCCAAAAAAUUAGAUACGUCUUUAAUUUGGCAGAACUAGCGGAACUUGUCCCCAUGGAAUAUGUUGGAAUACCAGAAUGCAUAAAACAGUAUGAAGAAGAAAAGUUUAAAAAGAAACAGAAAAGAGUUGAUCAAGAGCUUAAUGGAAAACAAGAUGAACCGAAAAGUGAACAGUAAGUUUGGCAUCUAGUCCAAACACUGAAGAAUGUGCUGAUGAAGCAGUGCUUUUUUGCAUUUAUAAUGCAUUUAUUGGUCCUGAUUUUUAUGUAACCUGUUACAAAACUGACUUGACUUUUUCUUAAUGGACUUUUGUAUAAGGGACUGUUCACUGCUGUACUGGUUUGCAGAUCUCUUGAAUUUAGCUCUUUACUAGCUAAUUAUAUUGUAAUCAUUUUAUAUUUUAUAUUGCUAAAUAGCAGAGAACCACACUUUAUAUAAAGCAGUUUUUGCAUUUGUUUAUUAAAUGAUGCAUUUUCUUCAGUAAAAUAUUUAUAUGCCUAAAUGGAAAAGGAAAGAGAUAAUAUAUAUUUUUAUGUUUUUGAGCAGUAUUUUUUAAUGUAUACCUUUCUUAUGGAAGAAUAUGCAGGUAAAUAAGACCAUGAUUUUGUAAAAUGCAUGUUAAAAUAUUUGUUUUUGUAAAUGGUUAAAUACACUUCCUGGGUCACUCAGAAAAUACGCUCAUAAGGUGAGGGACAGUUAAACUGGUUCUCAUGAAUACCCAAAGGUCAUAUACAUAAUCUAAGUAGAUUAGUACCAUUCUGAGUUUUUUUCUCACUUAACAUUUAUUUCUUAAUUCAGACACAAAUACAAGUGUAUUGCACACUUUUUUUUUUAAACAUAAAGACAAGUCAAAAAGCCAUUUUUAGAAUUAGAGAAUUUAAGAGGUUAAGAAUUGGGGCUUGUGUAUAUGUAUAUAUCAGACAUUUUAUCUUCUGGCCAAAAGUCAGAACUUCAUAAAAAUUGUAGGUUUGUUCACUAAUGUGAAAUAAGCUGUGUGUCCAGGGUAUCACUCUCCUGAAUUGGUGUGAGUGCAGUGUAAUAUUCAGAGAAUGUGAUGAGUUAUUCACUGUCACUACUUUUCUUUAGAAAAUAGGGGCUGCUUUUCUAACUACUUUCAAUGUGGGCACUUUACCAAAAUACUUUCAUAUCAGGUGUUUGACCCAGUCAGAUAAGGUGUGUUUUCCCAUUUUCUGUUGAAUUAUGUUGACAGUACUGUAAAUUAAGUUAUUUUGUAAGUCUUAGAGCAUCAUCAUAUUAUGGUGUUUUGCGUUUGGUGUAAGCAUAUGAACUCCUUGUUUAAUUUGGUAAGUACCUUGACUCUGCAUUGAAAUUGUAUUUAUGCCCCAGAUAGAACUUAAUUACCCACAAAAUCAUUCAAAAACAACAGGUUGGUCUAAUACUGUGUCAUAUACUUGUGUGACUUAUACAUUUGGUAAACUUAGUACCUGCCUGAUUUAAGGGUCACACCACACUCCAGCCCUUCUUAUAAGGUAAUUUACAAAAGAGUAGUAAAAUUGAAGUGCAGGAGCUAAACCUCUAGGAUUUAUUUUAUCCUAGACUGGCUUUUAUCAUUGCUGUUUUUAGUGUAAAAUUUUCUAUUACAAAAGAGAAUUUCCUUUACUUUUUGUCCUCCUCAGUCAUAAACUUGACACAGUAACCCAAGUCCAAUUAUGGCAGAUGCUGGAGGAUUCCCAGGAUGAGACUUUCUUUAGCAGCCUCCUGACUUCACUUGGAUCCAGCUGCUGUAGGCAGAUCCUGAACUAAUGUCACUAUAGUCAAUAAAGCUAAAACCAUUAUUGCUUGCUAAGAUCUUAGAAAUACUUUGUGUUCAAAAAGCAAAUUAACAGUAACAGUUUAGGCUUUCCUUCUGAAUUUACGAAUAAAAGAUCAUAUUGAAUUUAAUUGUGAUUAGAGUCUAUAUUUGUAGAGUGCUUUAAGUGACCUUUCAUCAGUAAAAGUAGUCUUUCAUCUAUAAAUUUGUGUCUCAGUCAAACCUGGCUGAGCUUUUUAAAUAGGUGGCUUUCCUCCACAUUAAGUACCCAGUUCUUCAGUUGCAACACGUUACUGUUUAUUGACUUUUGCAUUUGCAAGCAUUGUCCCUGAUUAUAGAUACAACUCGUUGCAAAAGUGGUGCAUUUUCCUACAUAUUUUUUUAAAGUAGAGAUAGCCUAUAUUCUAUCAGAACAUUAAAAUUUAGAGGGAACAGUGAUACCAUUUGGGAUAUAACCAAAGGGAUGUGCUGUGAAUCACUAGAUUUAAAAGAAUACCUGUUCUAACCUAUACCUUGAUGAAAUCUGGUAUAGGGACAUGCCCCGUAAUGUUUCAUAGCUGUGAGACUUAAGAUCAUAACAAGUAGGUCAGAGGAAAAGCAUUUAUUAAACUGGUUAUUUGUAAUUACUAGCUAUGUGACAUUUUCCCCAUAUCAUUCAGUUUUAAUUUUCCAUUAGUGAUUGAGGUGAAAGUACAUAAAAUUGUGUUAUUUUAUCUUUCUGCUGGGAUCAUGGUUCUAACUUGUUUAAUUUGAUGCUUAUGCCACUAUUUUUUGUUGUGUUUAGGUUCUGAGCGCCUCUUCUUAGUCAAAAGUUUCUCUUAUAAAGUAAUCUGAUUGUGUUCUCCUUGGUCAUAUUCCUUAUUAGCACCAAGGGAAGAUACUAUAUUGAUCCCACAGUUUAAGCUUAAUAGUCUUUAACUGGGGGUGGGGGGAGUAUAAAGAAAUAUGAUUCCAAGUAGGGCCUAGCAGGACCUGGAAAGGAAGAUAACAAAACAAGGAAGUAAGAGAAAGAAAACUAUAAAGGGAUAAUGAGUUAGCUAAGAUUCCACUGAAUGUGUCCUUGUUAAGGGGAGUGCUGUAUAUGGCAGCAGUUGGUACCAUUUCUUGUAUCAAUCAGGAAGACCUGCAGGCUACAUACAGAAUAUGUGAAUAAGACUGUGGAGUGAAGGGGGCAAAGGCUGGUAAUACUUACAAUGAAAAUUCAUAUUUUCCUCUGCUUUGUCUCUUCAUACAAAAGCAAGUUUAAACAGGGAGGGUCAGCAAUUACAAUGCUCAGAUUGAAGUGUAGGGUUACGUUACUUUUGACAUAGCUGGUAAACAUUUAAUGUAUUGUUCCAAAAUGGACAUCACUCUUUAGUAACUAUACUGAAUACUGAAAUUUGCUGAUUGACAGGUAUAUAUAGGUUGCUAGACUUUCUUCAACUGCAAUUCCAGAAUUUAAAAAGGUAAGGAAUCUGCUUUUUUGAGAGUCUUCUUUUAAAUGACUGUGUUACUCUGGCUGUUUUUACGUGAUUGCUCAGGGAAUUUGAAAGUGUUUGAAUUAAAGGAGAAGGGGCUUUUUAGAUUUCUUCAAUUGAUAGUUAAAAAUUAGCAUUAGGAUAUGUCCAGUUUCCUAAUGAGAUUGGUAAAGUUGUAUAUAAGGUGACAGCAGCUUCAUCCUUUUCCCCAUGUGAUACGUGGAAAAUUGCUAACAUUGCUCCUACAGGAGGAGGAGGAAGUAGACUGAAAAUAGGUAGUUAUGGCUACCACAUUCUGUUUUGUUUUCAUGCCUAUUUUUUCUCAUCCUGUAUAGCUAUUUGAGAAGUGGAUCACAAAUGUCAGAAGGGUGGGAUAGCUAGAGGAAUUAAUGUCCUUAAAAGUUAGACCAACUAUUCUGUUAGAGUUUAUCUUGUAGGAACAGGGAUUGCGUAAUUUGAGUUGCUGGGAGAAAGAGUUAAGGACUUAGACUUGCAUGAGAAGGUCAGCUGGUACGAGAAGUGGGAGAUUCUCAGUGUUCUAAUAGUAAGGAAGAAUUACCUGGAGAGUCUUUCAUCCCCCUCUUCCCAUCCCAAGAUUCUGAAUGAGUUAGAAUCAUAUCAGUGGUGAGUCCCAGUAAUGUGAUCCUUUAAAAUUCUUAAUGGUAAUUGAAAAUAAUGUGUCAACCAGCAAGGAGUGACACUAAAAUUUGAACAGAACUGUUACUUUGUUGCAGAUAUAUAUGAUAGAUCUACUUAAUUUCUUACGUUUUGAGAACUACUUUUAUGAAAAGUUUACAUGAAGCACUUAAUAUAACACAUAAAACACCAGAAGAAAAUCAAAGUUUAAUGCUUUCAUUUACUAAAGAAUUAUUAUAAUAUCUGUCUAAUUCUAUUUUAUAAGACAUUGUACAAGAGGUUAAAACAUUUGCAUUUUGAAACUUUUAUGCGUUUUCACAUUCAGUGUAGCUAAGGAGGAACUUGGAAAAUAAUGUUAAUUAGCUACUCUACUGCACUUUUUGUAUUUGAAUUUUCUGAAGUUAUGUCCCUUAAACAGCUUAUUUACAUAAACUAGCUAGUAAAUAUUUGUGGUGUUCAGGGCACUGACUUGCACAGCCCUUGGGGCACAUGGAACACAAUUCAGAGUUCGUUAGACACUAAUGCACUUUGAUAUAUAUUUCAAAGAUUAAUACAUUUUUCUUACCAUAAAUUCACAUGCUGUCAUUUAGACACAGUUAAUGUACUGUGAUCAUUUUAUCACUGUUCAGAUAAUGUUGCAUAGCCUAGUGCUCUCCUUUUACAGUGAGAGAAAUUCAGUUCUGAAGACUGUGUGUGCAAGAUGUUGAUGUGGUCCCUGUAAGAAAUACUAAGGUUGGUCUUGAUUUACUAAGAAGAUGUAAUAUUUUCUUUUUCUCUGACUUGUUAGGAAUACAAUAACUUGUGUCCUGAUUUGUUGCACAUCGUAUUUUUGCAACGUUAAUGAAUUGAAAUAAAUUAAUUGGAAAGUUUUGGUUUUGA